GGAUUUUCUUAAGAACUUAAAUAAAAAUGUUUUCGAUAGUAAAAGAUUUUUAUCUCUGCUUAACGCUUUUUAUCUUGUAUAGUUUAAUGUUAAUAUCGUGUGAAGAAAUAAAGGAAGAAACAUUGGAUAGAGGUGCACAUAGCGAUAGAAAUGGUCUAUGGUUUGGACCUCGACUUGGUAAAAGAUCGCUUGCUCUAUCAUCUGAAGACAACAGCCAAAAGUUCCUCCGAUUAUUGGAAGCAGCGGAUACCUUGAAGUAUUAUUACGAUCAGUUACCGUUUUACGAAUCUCAAGUGGACGAGCCGCAGAAAGUUAUCAAGAAAGUUAUUUUCACACCUAAAUUGGGUCGUAGUUUGGAAAGGAACGAAGAGAAAAGGGGUUACGAAAAUGUAGAGUUCACUCCACGACUUGGUAGACGAGUUCCUGAUUCUGCAACGACACCUGAACAAGAAAUUUCUGGUCGUGAUCGAGUUGAUAUCAGAUCUGAAUAUUUCUCACCGAGAUUGGGACGCACAGUACACUUUUCUCCACGUCUUGGCAGGGAGCUGGCAUAUGAACUUUAUCCUGAGAACAUCAGAGUGGCAAGAAGUGUUAACAAUACUAAAUCGAAUUAACCACAAAGAAGAUUAAAAAGGACGACGUAAAACAGAAGAGAGAUAGAGACAUGUUUAACGAAAUGGCAUUUGAUAAUUUAAAGCAUAUAUAAUAUGUUUUGGACUAAGUACAACUUAAGUCAUAUUAAGUUAUAAAUAAAUGAUCUCAUAUU